AUGUCGAUGAGUUUGUUCUCAUUCUUCUCGAUCAUCCUCUCCUUGGUGGUAAUAGAAUUUAACAACGUAGGCGCACAGCCCGUCGUGUAUAACAUCGAAACAUACGGAGCAAGAUAUGGCGAAGAUAUCGCGCCGGUUAUGCUACGCAUUUGGAAGGAGAUUCAAGCAUCUGCAAGGCCAAUGGCGAGUAAAAUCGUUAUCCCGAGUAGGAAAUGGUACCUUAGUGAGUUGCAACUGGAAGGACCUAACAAAGCACGUAUUGAACUUGAUGUGCGAGGAAUAGUGCAAGCCCCCGAGUGGAUGCCGAUGCCGGCAAACAAAGGGGGUUGGAUUACUAUCCGUCACAUGAAUGGCUUCGUCCUAACCGGUGGCGGUGUGUUUGAUGGACGAGGCCAUCAAGCAUGGCAACAAAAUCAGUGUCAUCAGAAUUCAAAUUGUCCGCAAUUCCCCUUGAACUUGAGCUUCAACUUCAUGAACAACUCGGUGAUACACAACGUGACGACGAGGGAUAGCAAGGGGUUUCACAUGAACUGCAUCGGAUGCCACAACGUGACAUUUGCGCGGGUUAGUGUUUCGGCCCCGGGGGACAGCCCCAACACAGAUGGAAUUCACGUCGGAAGAUCUUCCAAUGUUGUCAUAAGAGAUUCUGUUAUAGAGACCGGAGAUGACUGUGUGUCCAUUGGCGACGACACUCACCAACUCCAUGUAGUGAAUGUGAGAUGCGGCCCUGGCCAUGGGAUCAGCAUCGGCAGCCUCGGCAGAGAUGCCACCGAGAAAGAUGUGUCCCAGAUACACGUCAUCAACUGCACAUUCUCUAACACGCUCAAUGGGGUUCGAGUCAAGACAUGGCCAUCUUCUCCAAUCCAACUCAAAGUUACAAAUCUGGAAUUCCGCAACCUAGUCAUGAACAACGUCAGUUAUCCGGUCAACAUCGAUCAGCAUUAUUGCCCGCAUAAUCUCUGCAACAACCAGAGUCCAUCCCAAAUCGAGAUCAGCAAUGUGAUGAUCGAAAAUGUAAGAGGCAGUUCAUGGACACCCGAUGCAAUCGUCCUUAACUGCAGCAGAAGCAAGCCGUGCACGAAUGUCUCCAUCGGCAACAUUGAUCUCAACUUUGAUGGAUCUAUCAGUACCCAAGAAGGAGAAACUCGCCAUGCCCGCACCAAGUGCGCCAAUGUCCAACCCAUACUCUUCGGCAAACAAAAUCCAUCUGUCUGCACUGCCGCCGGAGCAACUCCUCAUAUAAACACUGCUGCUGCAAUUGAUGCUGAUGAAGAUAAUGUUGAUGAUGAUGAUGAUCAUGAAUUACAAGACUACUUAGAUAAGUAUUUCCCUUGA